AUAUUGAAUAACGGUUUUUUUUUUUAUGGUGUACCAGAUUGGUUUUAGCAUUCUCGUUUUAGUUCACUCUUGUGUUCUCUCAUUGUGGAAACCCAAGCAUGACGCGUAUGCAAGUUGAGAUCCGUCUGGAAUCCCCGAAGAAAGCCACAGCAACAGUUGAGCCUCCGCCUUCUUACGAGCUGGCGCAGAGUAUGCCUUCAAGAGCAGUGGUAUCGCUUUCAGCUUACAGGAUGCGGUCGAAUUGUACCAGCCUAAGAGAUGCAGAUCUCGAGUCGUUAGUCGACUUAUUUGAAUCUGUCGAAUGUGAAAAUGUUUGUGAAAAGAAUAGAGAACAGAAUACGGACAAACUACCAGAAUGUGCAGUUGGGUUGACACGAAAUGAAGCAGAGAAUGCUGAUAGUGGCGGAAGAAAUGGAGAUGGAGGCGAAGCUGGUCCGGCAGAUUCGAGUGAUUUUGGCAAGGAGGAUCAAGAACAGCGUUCAUUUGGUGACGUUGAAGGCACAGCAAGGAGAAAAGAACGACCAAACGUGAUGAGGAGGGAACGAGAUCGCCAAAGCUUAAUCUACUAUGACCAACAUACGUACACUGUCAUCGCGCGUCUGCGUGCCGUGAACAAGCAUUUAAAUCACCAAUUAGAGCAACAAAAUAAAUUAAUUGUGUCUAUGGCCGAAGAGAAGAAGCAGCAGUUGUAUCUGAUCGAGAGUUUACGGACUGAAGUCCAGAUGCACAAGCAGACACUUCGCGCUCUACACCCCUCCACUCCAAAGACACAUGAGUCAUUAUUACCAGUCGUACCAAAACCACCACAAGUUAACUCACGAGACGAGAAUGAUGAAAACUCAAGAGCAAAACCACCUCAUUCCGUUGUUUCUCCGUUUCGACAACCUUCGCGCACUUAUCCAAGAAAGAGUCCACGAGUUAGAACAGCUCCAGAAUAUCAAGGCAGGCCUUGCAGUGGGAGACAGUCUCAGGACUCGCACUUGGAAAUGUACAUGACCAAACUGGAGAAAUAUGAAGAAGAACGUAAAGAUUUACAGCAGCGUCACGCGCACCAACUAGCCAAUUAUUCUCACGAACUUUCACGCUUAGAACGACUUUUAGAAAGAGCACACGUGGCAAUUCAAGAGAAAGAUAACGAGUUGCGGCUCCAUCGCACUCGACAACUCUAUUGUACCACAUCAACACGACCAAGUACCGCAUCGACUCCUGUGCGUAGAAGAAAUAGUAAUUCUGGAAUUACUACAACGCCUAACGGAGAAAUUUUGCAAGUGAAUAAUGUUUUUUCGGACGAUAUUUGGAAAGGAUUAUUGCCCAGUGAUAUCACUACGGACAUCUCUCGUAAGACGGUCUCUGCCUCCACUUCAUCAUUACCUUCCAUGUCGUUUACUUCUCAUGUGGGCCAAGCAUUCGAGCAACUUCUUAGUCACCAACUCAUGGCUUUACACGACAGUACACUGGAUCGAAGUACACGCGAUUGGCUUCGGGAAGUGAAGCUCUGUGGCUUGCAAAUGUCAUCUCUGCAUCAGUCUUUCCAAGUCAUGGCUCGCUCUCUUCAACGCGUGGCUGAGUGCACGCACAUCUAUCAACUCGCUGAGAGUUUAACGGAAGAAUGUCGUGAAUUACUACACGCUGAACAAGUUUUGGUACUGGUAGUUGACAAGUCAGAGCAAGAAUUCUGGUGCCGUAUGCCGCGUACUGAAAAUAACGUAGAGAAAAUGGGUACUGUGCGCUCUGCAUUGCCACAUCUGAUCAAAGCACCAAGCUCAAAACGCCCCAUUUCAGCGUCAAUACCAAGUGGCUUGGCAGCAUUCGUGUAUCAUACAAAGCGAGCAUUGCUCCUCCCUGCAGGGCACAUGAUGAAGCACCAAAACUACUCUACAGCAACCGAUAACGCUGAUCGUUUGGUGACGCACCCGCACGCCUCGACUCUUCUAAUUCCUAUAUCGCACGACAAUCACGUUGUAGCUGUGGUUCAAGUAUCAGGUAAACUCGCUCAAGUGCAGGCGUUGGGGCUUUCGAUCGCUCUCGAAAAAUGCGACGCUUUUACUCCACAAGACCAGGCUUUAUUAACGCUAUUGUGUCACUUUUCGAGUGGAUUAUUCCCCAAAGUCGCGUAUUUUACCGACGUUGAGAGCAACAAAGUGAACGAAGAAACUUUCAUCCAGUUGGCUCCCGAGAUUUUCACGUGUCUCCACUUCGACGAACUGGGCAAAGUUGUAAUCGAAAACGCGAAAAGUAUCUUGGAUGCAGACCGUUGUUCCCUUUUCGUUGCUGACAAUGCAACUCGCACACUUCACAACUGGCACAGCGAUAUCAGUGGUGCAGGUGUUAAAGUUUACCAAAGAUCAGCGCAAAAAGCAAGUACUGGAAUGACAAUUCACUUUGGACAAGGGAUUGUCGGUUUAGUCGCUGAAACACAAGCGACCAUCAACAUUCCCGAUGCGUACGAGGACCCACGAUUUAACUCCGCGUGGGACAAGAAGACGCAUUAUCGUACUAAAAGUAUGUUAACUGUGCCUAUUAUUUCUAAUAUUACGAUGAAUCCUAAAUCUAGGACUGAACAGGCUUCAGGGGAGCCUUCAAACGACCAGACUCUGCUCGGUGUGGUCCAAGUCAUCAACAAGUCUGGAGGUGCUCCAUUCCGUGUAAAAGAUGAGUUUUUACUCCAAACGAUCUCCAAACUCAUCGCUUUGGCUAUCGAGAACUCGCAAUUAUUCCAAAGAAACCAGGAGUUGUGUUGGAAUGUGGGCAAGCUGAUCGCUGAUGGAGAUAUCGUUGAAGCAAUCGUGAGUCUUGGAACUGCUGCGGAACAAAUUAUUGGCGUUGAAGGUGCUGCUGUCUACGUCGUAGAUCCGGAUACUAAUGAACUCGUGACGUUCCACCACAAACGACGGCAUCGCAUCACUUUUUCUAGAUCAACUUACGCAGGGUCUUUGAUGGAGGAAGCGGUGCGUUCGCAACAACUCACGAUUGUCAAUGACAUGACAAAGGCAGGAUCAUUCAAUGCGUUUGUGGAUAGUCUCAAUGGAGUUUCUGCUCGCAAUGUCUUGUUCGCUCCGUUAAUGGUAGAAGAAGUGGAAGGGAUCAUCCCUGGGAUGAAUAGACUUGUUGAAAAUGCCGAUAGUGGAGAGUCGGUAUCUGUAGAUUCUGGACAGAUGAUGGUGGGAUUGUUGCAGCUUGUUAACACCACGAGACGCAAAACACACUUUGACGAACACGAUUUGUUCCUGUCGAUUGUCCAGAGUCAGAGUUGCAGUGUUCUGGCAGCUAUUCUCGAGAAACAGCGAAUGUUACGUCAGAAGGAACAAAUUGCGCUGUUAUUGGAUGCGUCAAUGUCAUUUUUCAAAGAAAUGAGUGUCGUCGGCGUCAUUAACGCAGUCUACAACGCCUGCGUGAGUAUCUUUGAUGGCGACACCACUGCUCACCUGUUCGUAUGGGAGGAAGGUGGCACUAUCCCGGUCGACAAGUUGCACGAACGUCACAUGUGGUCGUCUAAGAUCGCACCUCAAGCUGCUGCAGCACUCGCUCCGCAUAACUCAACUACGAAUAUUAAUCACCAAGGCUCGAGUAUGAGUUUUAUUCCGUCGCUAGGAGCUCAAUCGCGGAAGUUGUCAGUGGUGACAGAUCAGACGCUCCGUGCACCUACAACUGAGGGGUUAUUUCAACAAGUCCUUAUUAAGGGUAGUGCUGUCAUCGUAAAGAAUUGGAUCGAAGAAGAAGACGAAGAAGAAGCAGCUACCAGUCAACACAGCUCUAAAUUAACCAGUACAACACGUCGAGAGAGGUCAAAAGUGGAUAAUUACACGAUGAAGGCGACUCGCUCGGACAUGCGACUCGGAUUUACUCGCCAUUCCGUUGUGGCAUGUCCAGUUUGGAGCAGCUACGGUCAAGAGAUCGUCGGUAUCUUGGUAUUACUCUUUCCUCGAGACCAUCCAGCUGUAGCGGCGGGGUCUAGAAGCGAACAACUCAGUACACUCCCUAUUCUAACACGUCAGAUUUCUGGUGCGCUUAGCGUAUGUCACGACCUCAUUACGGUAUCUGCACGUGCUCGAAAGAUGCAGAAUAUGCUGGAACUAUCUCGACAAGCUCCGAAGGCUGCAGUUUCCCUCACGUUUACGUCUCGAGGCCACCUCGGAUCAUUCUCUCAACCUGUAAAUUUGUGCUCAAGAUCGUUCAACUCUCGUGCUCUUAAUACAGUCCUGCACCCUAUAGCUGCUUCAAAGCUGACAGUCCAUUCACUGUAUAUGGAUGACGAAGGUCAUCGUUGGGGCUUCCAGAUCUCUGGUGCGACUGCGCAUGAAAUGAGUUGCGAUCACUAUGUCCAAUGGAUUGGCAAGCAUGUGGCGCUCCCUGUUGGUCGUACUGAAGCGGAAGUGUUCGGGAAACUGCGCAUGGACCUACAAGGUGUCUAUAUACGCAAGGAAAAGAUCUCCGGUACCAUCGACACCCGUCAACACCAAGUCGAUGAAGUCGAUUCCUCGGAUGAAAUUGAAUCACUAUCGCGAUCUUUGCUAUUCAAACUCCGCCAGUUGCUGUGGGAGUUUACGGAUGCAACGUGGCAAGUGGAUGUGACUCGUGCCAGUCACAUGUUAUUCGGUGAGAAGAGGAUGCUGUCGAGAUCAGAAUUGGAGAGAGAAUUGGGAGGUGCAGGUGUUUCGUUGGAAGUUGGUGAAUGGGAUCAAAUUUAUGCUUGCUUUGAAGAUGACAGCGGUCUAGUAGAUGUGGAAACUAUGCUAGCAGCGAUACGACCACAACUCAAAAGAUUCCAUGUGAUAACGUACGAGCUUGCACCUGUACUAGACACCGUGACCCAGAUUGUUGUUAGCGUCCAGAUGCUACUUUUUAGUUGAUUGUAGAACACUACUCGGGAGAGUGGAAUACGAGCUACAGUACCACCAGCCAACGAGACUAAACGACUCGUUUAACGAGGAAGGAGACUCAUGUGUAUUACUGUAGUGGUAGUAGCUUAAGUUUCAACACGGAGUUGACCACGA